GUGUGGGGUUUCUCCAAGGAAAGAGAGAAAUGGUGAAGGAGCCAAAAAAAAGGGAGACAUAUGAUUAAAUAUAUAAUGAAUUAUGAAUUUAAUUAGGAACCAAAAUGAAGGGAAACAACUAUAGUCUGUUUUAGUGGAAAGGUUAUUACACCUUGCUAGCUAACAAACCGUUUAUGCUAGCUAACCGGUUACCUGGUUUACCUCAGCAGGUACUUUUCAUAUUAGCGUCAUUUGGCAGCAGAGAAAAGUAAAAGGAAGUUGGAGGGCUAUAGGACCCAGAGGAUGUCAGGAGGACAGCACUCCUGUCCCACCCUUAAAGCCAGGGAGGAGAAGUUGAACUGCAUUCCUGCUAUCAACAAUCCUGCUGCUGCUACCACCACCGGUUUAAAGGAAAAAUCUGCACUUUCGUGUGCAUGUGUGUUUGUGUGUGUUAGGUACGCAGGUCAGAGUGCAAGCUCAGUGAGGAGUGUGUGUUUGAAUUCGCCUGCUUUCAUGUUUGUUUUCAAAAAACAGUAGGAAGGUGGAGCCGUGUGAUCAAAUAAAAGAAGACCAGACAUCCAAGCCGAGCGUCAAGUGAAAGCAGGUACAUCAGGAUGUCAUCUCCAAAGCAGCAGCAGGACAGCGUCUCCAGCGUGGCAGAAGCAAUGGCCCCUGAGUCGUGGUCCAAGGUUAGCUGUCCAUGUUGCGUGUCAUCUGAGGUGGAGCCGCUGGUUCUGAUUCAUCUGGCCGAGAAUGUGGAGUCUAGCACCAAGCAGUGGAUCAUGUCCAUGAUCUCAGCACCUCAUAAGGCAGGAGGGGCACACCUACUCGUACACCCUGGUGAAGAUGCCAGCUGGGGACGACUUGUGGUUGCAGCACCUCGCUGUACCUUACUCAGGGCCACAGAAGAACUGGGACUCUGCAAAGCUGACAAAGAGGGCAAUAUGGUCUUGUUUUCCUUUCACGACCGUAACAACUUUAAUAACAUCAAUGACAUGCAGAAGUUCCUGACUCUGGCUGAGAGACAGUACAUCGUCCAACAUGAGCUGGAGUCCAUGAGAGCCGUGAAAGACCAGCGCAUCCCUGGAAUACCUGGAGACAAGGGCAUCCUUAAAUCCAGACAGAACAUACUUCAGAAGCUGCAGAAAGCAGGAGUGAUCCAGGAUGUUUUCCCCCUUUGUGAUGAAAAGAAGCUAAAUGCUCUUGGCAAAGACUGGUAUUUAAAGAAAAGCUUAUGGGGACAGCCUUUAGAGUCCAUUCAUGCUUACUUCGGUGGCUCCAUCGCUUUCUACUUCAGCUUCUUAGACUUCUACACGUGGGCUCUGGUACCUCCAGCAGUUCUGGGUGUCUUCAUAACCUUCUUCCUUCCUGGAGCGCCACCUCCUGAUAUACCUAAAGCAGACAAUUCAACCCCUGGCCCGGGUUCCUCAGAUGCCAGUGAUGACCUGGAUCUGUCCGUGAGCUCCCACAUGGUGCAGGCUGUGUUCAGCAUGAUCUGGUCGACCGUGUUUAUGGAGCUAUGGAAGAGACGCAGCGCUGCUCUGUCAUACCACUGGGGGACACUGACACUAACAGAGCAGUUCCAGGAACCAAGGCCUGGUUUCCAGGGCGAGAUGGGAAUCAAUCCUGUGACGGGCAGAAGAGAACCACUUUUCCCCGAUUGGAAGAGGCAGAUGCGGGUGGGCCUGGUCUCUGUGCCCGUGGUGGGACUUUUUCUUGGACUUGUUGUCCUCGGCAUGGUGGGGUUUUAUUUCUGUGAAAGCACCAUGUCUUCAAUUCACAAGGCUUCCGGAUCCAUUAUAACUGCCACGUUGUCCUACCUGCCCUCCGUCAUGCACAUCGUCUACACCAACAUGCUGGGGAAUGCCUACCGCACUGUUGCACUGAAGCUCACCGAAUGGGAGAACCACAGAGAAGAAUCAGCUCAUCAGAAUCAUCACACAACUAAAGUUCUGGUGUUCACCUUUUUCAACAACUUUGCUGUGCUGUUCCACAUUGCAAUCUUCAAACAGGACCUGCAGCUCCUACGCAAGAGGCUGUCAUCACUGCUGAUCUUGUCUCAGGUGGUGAACCAGUUAACGGAGGUGUUGGUGCCGUUUGUAGUAGAUCGUUUCUACGGCUCUUCACAGAAAGAGCUGAAGGAGGACGACCCGGCUGCUGAUCACAUGCAGGCUGAAGGAAGUCUGCCCCCAUUUCCUGGUCUAUUUCUGGAAUAUAUUGAGCUGCUGGUGCAGUUUGGUUAUCUGAGUCUCUUCUCAUGUGUGUAUCCACUCACGGCCGUGCUCCUGCUAAUUAACAACAUCACAGAGAUUCGCGGUGAUGCCUACAAGAUCUGCCGCCUCUUCCGGAAGCCCUUCUCUCCACCCGAGGCCAGCAUAGGCGUCUGGCAGACAGCAUUCGAGGUGUUGGCGUUUUUCUCAGUCAUGUCGAACUGCUGGCUGCUGUUUUUAGCUCCACGAAUAAAAGCAUUCACUCAGGACUCUGGACUAAACCCGAGUGUUGUGCUGAUAUUCACUGUCAUAGUGGAGCACGUUUUGAUUGUGGUGAAAAUGAUUCUGGCCUUUGUUAUUCCUGACGAACCAGAGUGGGUCCAAAUCAAGAAGCAACAGAUUGAAUAUCGCACCAUACUGGCCCUCAAAGAGCAGAAAGUGAAGCGUUCCAAGACUGCUGAGCUCCCUCGCUCAUAAUCCUGAAAAAAACCUGAAAAGAAACAGACACCAAGGUGUGGCAUCAGCCACCUAGUUCAUUACGCCACCACCUUUAAUGAUAAAGAACUUCAUUUGCUGUUGCAUCGUGAGGUAUGGGGGUGCCAAAUGGUACAUGAACGCUUGCAGACCGGUCUAAACAACUGGACUUGGUGUCUUCCCCUAGAGGACUGCUGUAGUAUAGAAAAAAAAGGCUUUUUAAAGGCACAUGGUGUAUGCAAUACAGAGCAGGAUAUAGAGGUUUGUGAGCUGAAAAAGCAAUUUAAGGCAUGUGCUGAAAUGAAAUUGCUAGCUCAGUAACCCAUAAAUCUGUGUUCAGAGCAUGCAUACACAUACCGAGGUGUGGUAUUUUAAAUAAAUGGAAUAGUUUUUAAUAUAUCUUAUAUGACAGAAUGGCACAUAUGUAAUACAUCAUGCUUACACUGGUUGUCAACACUAAAUGGCAAACAAAUCACACCACUUAUGCAGUACAUUCAUGAAUAUCGUUACGCUAUGUCUCAAAUCGCAUCCGAUGAAGCCAUACAUAAAAAGUGUUUACUGUUGAUUAGUGUAUAGAAUAUCCGUUUAAAUGAGUGCUUUAACUGUAACCAUUCUAUACUUGAUAAAAUUACACACACACACACACACACACACACACACACACACACAUACAUAUAUAUACAUACAUACAUAUAUAUAUAUAUAUAUAUACAUACAUACAUAUAUACACACACAUAUAUAUAUAUACAUACAUACAUAUAUAUAUAUACACACAUACAUACAUACAUAUAUACACACACAUAUAUAUAUAUACAUACAUACAUAUAUAUAUAUACACACAUACAUACAUACAUAUAUACACACACAUAUAUAUAUACACACAUAUAUACACAUAUAUACAUAUAUACAUAUAUAUAUAUAUAUAUAUAUAUAUAUAUAUAUAUAAAAAUAAAUGCUAUAACAAUUUUAAUUAGCAACAAAUUCUCCACUGGCAUCACUGUCUGUUAAAUGCUACUAGCCACGGUCCCUUUAUGGAACACGAUAAGGUAGGUUAAUGUAAAAAGUAUACAUUACUCUUCACUUAAUUUGUUCAAUAAAUACAAUCCAACAUCAGAGUAAUUUUGCUGAACUACUUUUUCAUAUUUCUCAGUGUAAACACAUUAAUCAGUUAUGUACUCAUAGUCUACAAUAGAACAUACAUAUGCGAUUUGAGACACAACAUAUACCUUGCAUUUCAGCUAUAGUGCACCUUUAUCAUCUAGCAACCAAAGAAUCUUGCUUGCAGCAAUGUCUGCUUAUACGAGGUUUGUAGUGGCUAUUUGAUGCAGUUAUGAAAUUAUUCAAAUCACUGCUGAGUGAUGCUUUAUUUGCAGCUUUUUUUUUUUUUUUUUUAAAUCCCAACAACUGAAGAACCAAAGAGUGAGCAUUAUACUCACCAAGAUGUUGUGUACUGUAUUGAUGAUAAAUAAAUAACGCAAGACAGACA